GCGAGAAGUAAGGUUGAGAAUAUCAAGGAUAUCCGAGGGAGAUCUAAAGGUUGACUCAGACACAUCACAGGGUAUUUGCACAAGGUGUGUCAGAUAUUGGAACGAGAUCCGUCCGAUAUCUGGAAGAAAUCUGAGGGUCGACUCAAACUUUUCCCAGAAUAUUAAAAGAUAUCUGGAGGACAUCUGAUCGACGUCAAAUUACCGCAAGGAUACGUGACCAUCAGAGUCAAAUGGAAAAUUCCCAAGACAAAAAUACCGCACGAUAUGUGCAAAUCUCACCUUAUUCAGUCUGACUCCCUCCCACCAAAUGCCGAGGACGGCCUGAAGCCUGUCCAAAUGCUAUCAGAAUAUCCGAUGAUUGCAAGGCCAUAUACCCGCUCACUGAGUGCUGGCAAAUACGGCCACAGAUGCAAGCAAAACCUUCGCCCAGACUCUCAAACUGAAUAACCGGCUCCUGCAGCCCAAGUCUCAAAUACCACUCCAUAGGAGUUGUUUUACGGCAAAUAUUCAGAUUGACCGCAUGGGCGUCAGCACCGGCGGCAAGCGUUGGAUUCGUCUCCAAAUAUAAUGCGUGCGCAGUGAGAGCAUCCGCGGGGGCACUCAAGCAUAAACAGCAAUGGUGAUUCGAAUACACUAGAACAUUUGAACCUUGGUUUCCUACAAUAUCUCAUAAGAUUUCCAAUCAUUUG